AUGGCAAAGGCUACGCGACGUCGUUUUAGUUUUGUUGAUCUAGCUCAUCCACAAGUAUGGCAUAAAUUAGUCGAAUAUACAGAAGUGACUAUUGCUUUUGCCAAAUUAAUUACUGAUUUCAAUAAUCAAUGGGCUAAGAUAUGUCUUGUAGCUUCAUCACAACUACAUCAAUUGGUGAUUGAUUUUCGUAGAAAAACAGAAAGUGAAAUUCGUGUAAAAUGUCAUCUAGGUGGAAUGAUGUAUGAUCUAUGGGAAUCAUUAUUACUUGAAUCAGAAAUUGAAUCACAAUCUUUAAAAAAAGUUGCAUCUGUUAUGGAAAAAGAAAUUUGUGGACAAUUAACAAAUUGUAUAACUAAUCAAACUCUUCAAUUAAAACUUAAUAAAGAACAUCGUCGUGAUCUUGAUGAAAUAUUAGAAAAAAGUCAUGAAUAUGUACAAGAAUUACAAGAAGAUUAUUCUAAAAUAUUUAACACUCAAGGUGUUACAUCGGAUUUUGAUCUUGCUCAUAAUGAAUAUAUUUUUGAACUUGCUGGUGUUAAUAGUCUUUAUUCAAAAUAUCAAUAUAAUAUUUUACCAGAUCUUCUUCAAGGAAUGGAACAAUCACAAUUAGAAACAAUUGAUGCUAUUUGUCAAAAUAUACAAUUAAUGGCUUCUGUUCUACAACAACAUCAUGAACAACGUCAUUCGAGUUUUGCUUCAUUUGUCGUAACAAGUACAACAACAAAUGCAAAUGAAGAAUUAGAAAAUUAUAUUUGUUCUAUGAAUGAAACAAGUGAUGGAUCACCAAAAUCUCCUAUUCAUAUACAAUUCGAAUCAUUUAUAUCACCAAUGAAUAAUAAUAAUAAUACACGUAUAUCAACCGGUAAAGAUGAACAAUUAAUAAUUUACGCUGCACCAGUUAUACGAAUGCAAUUAUCAUCACAUUGUAAAGAAACAAUAGAGCGAUUGAAAGCAAUUAAAAAGGAAAAAGCAUUAUUAUUAGCAAUUAUUAAUCCACAAACAUCGAAAAUUCCAGUUAAACAAUCUGAUGAUCAACAACAAUCAGACAAGAAAAUACUUAAUCAAAUCAGUGAUUUGAUGAAAAGAAAACAUCAAUUACGUUUAAUUGAACUUGAAGAAUCUGUAUUACUUGCUCAGCACGAUUUGCUCAAAUCUCAUCGACCAUCGAUGAGUAGUAAUACUGACAAUGAACAAGAUGCGCAUAAGCGCAGUUCGAAAAAUAUAAAAGGUCUUUGGCGUGACGCAUGUCGAGCUCUAAAAACUUCGACAACUGGAAGUGGAUCUAGCGAUAAUGAAAAUCUUUCGGUAAGUUAA